UCCACCCGAAAAAAGCAUAUGAGCAGCGUGUGCAACUUUGUCUUCUCUCUCUGUAGCUAUCUCACCAAUAUCAGCCAUCAUGGUUGAUUACGCAUAUCCCCCAACAAUGCAUCACGACUUUGAGCUCUACUCUCAGGAACAAGAGCAGCAAUUACAGUACCUUCCAACCACACAGCCUUUCCUCUCCUCGUCAACAUACGGUAUGGAGCCAUCGUUUAGUGCACCAUACGAGCACAUGCUGCCCUUGGUCGAAGCACCACGACCACAAUAUUCCUAUGACCAAAUGGCGCAGGAACACAAGUUUGCCCAACAGUACAACUAUCACACUCCCUCUGCCUCACCGCACUCAACCUUCAACUCGUUCCAAGAUCACCCUCCGGUCCUCUCAGCCUCCUCCGAAUCCGGAGCCUCGGCAUCAUCCUCUGCUCUAGGCUCUCCUUCGGUCACUCCUCAGUUUGAGAUGGAUUCUUGGAAUCCCAUGGCUAUGAUGACCUCUACUUUCGAGUACCCAACCAUUGUUGCAAAUGAGAAGACCUUCGUUGACCCAAACGUAAUCCAGCCUUUUGCAUUCGCUCCCCAUAGCCCAUACCCUGAGAUUCGAACAUCACACUCAGAGUACUUCCCCAUCGUUGAGCAGCCUGCUUCGCCAGCAUUGUCGCAACAUUCAGUACAAGGCCCUCGCCCACGUAUCAAACAAGGCAGCGCGUCACCCUUCCUCCAAACACAUUUCCACCCUUACCAAAGGCGCGGCUCUGUCGCAUCGCACCACUCUCACCAUUCAAACACAAGCCGGCGCAGUGGCAGUGGAAGCAGCUUUGAGCUUGACGACGAGACAAGGGAGAAGGGCAUGUGUCCACUACCGGAGUGCGGACGCGUCUUCAAAGACCUGAAGGCCCAUAUGCUCACACAUCAGAAUGAGCGCCCUGAGAAGUGCCCUAUCACCACUUGCGAGUACCACGUCAAGGGCUUUGCAAGGAAGUACGACAAGAACAGGCACACACUCACCCACUAUAAAGGCACCAUGGUGUGCGGCUUCUGUCCUGGCAGUGGAUCAGCAGCGGAGAAAAGCUUUAACCGCGCUGAUGUCUUCAAGAGGCAUCUAACUUCAGUUCAUGGUGUCGAGCAAAACCCUCCCAACAGCCGAAAGAAGAGCCCCAGCGGUGCACGCAAGGCUUACUGCCCACAAGUCGCUGGUACCUGCUCAACCUGCUCGGUCACUUUUGCCAACGCGCAAGAAUUCUACGAGCACUUGGACGACUGCGUGCUGCGCGUUGUACAACAGGCUGACCCCUGCGAAGCCAUCAACCAGCGCCUCCUGACUUCUGUUGCCGAGGACAAGGAUGUCACCGACACUUUGGAUCGCAACGGACUCUCGAAGAGCAUCGAGUACACAGUCCCCAACUACAACGAUGACGACGACGAUGAUGAGCUAGAGGAUGAGUUUGACAACGAUGACCAGGACGAUGCUACAUACGGCAGCCGCAAGUCGCGCUCCGGUAAGGGCAGCAUCAAGAAGUCCAACUCAAAUUGACAAUCAACACAUCCCCGAGGUGUCGGCGCGUCGCAGCACGUCGGGGGUGGCAACCCCUCCAAAGUCACGAAGCUUGCCCGUGGUCCGCGAGCAGG